CAUUGGUUGUCGUUUGCUCUGUCAAAUAAAAAUAUAAAAAAAAUAAGUGAGAAAAGUCCAAGUUCAACACAAAAAGAAAACGGCAGCAUUAUAAUUUUCUGUGAAAAAUUACGUGUAUGAAGUAAAGAUUUUUCAGUUGAAAUUACGACAAGUUUUCUUUGUGAACCAGUGAAACUGCGGAAGAAUAUUGUGUCGGUGAUCGGAAAUCCUGCUUUUAGCGGAGCAGAUCGCAAUUACGUGUUUGCUUCGACGUCUGCGACGAAAGAGGUUUUUUCCGUAGUGUUUGAAGUGUUGGGUAAAAUUAGCGAAAGUGCGACGUCUGUUUUAGGCCGAGCAGCAGGAACGAAAAAGAAAGUUGUAGAAUCAAUAGUCUGCUCGAUAGGAAGCAGGAAAGGACUGCGAUUCGGUUGCUUGCCACGGUAUGGCAAAGGAUAAUAACAACAUUAACAUAGCGGACGAACUCUCCUCGAGUGGAGGCAACAGCAGUUCGGCCGGAGGGUCUUCUGCCGAUGCAUUGAAACAUCAGGGAACAAGUAGAACCACGACAACGGAUCAGCAACAAUCACUUAACUAUGGUAGAGGUAGAACCAAUGGAGUGUUGGGAUCGCAACCAGAUGCUGCGAGCAGUAGUGAUUUACAACAGCAUCAACAAUACACGGCAAUGUCGAGCUCCCAAAGAUCAACAACCGGGACUGGCCCAGUGGAUUCUGAAUCAGGAGCAAUUCCUGAGUUACCACGGCGAGAGGAAAACCCAUUCUCCUUCAAACAUUUCCUGAAGCGCGAUUCUUCACUGGGCUCUGCAGCUUCGGUUUCGUCUAGCGGAAUUACUGCCAACGGCACCAACAUCAACCACAGUCGCAGCACUUCCAAUAUCAACGGAAAUAACCACACAGGCAGCUCUAGUUUUAGCUCCAUAAAUAGCAGCAAUAAUCUGAUAAACAACAAUGUAGGAACUGGCAGCAGUAUCCUCAGCAGUACGGGGAAUUGCAAUGCAUCGGCAUCGCCGUCGAAGUCUGCAACAACCAGCUCCUUGCACAAUACAAGCACGACCGGUGCAAAGCCGAAGAUCCCCCAGUUCCAGUCGGUGAACACUUUGAGCAGUGAAUCCAAGAUGAAACGCUCGCCUCGAUUUCCGUCCUUCGAUUCGCAGUCCAGCCUGUCGGAUUUAGCCGACGACAAGUUCAUGGCAAACAUUUAUCACAGCCGAAGCAACAAUUCUUUCAACUCGGAUUACCCGUUGGGUGGUGGUGGAUCCACUUCCGGUGGAUCACAAUACGUACAGCGUUCGUAUUCAAACUACGACAUGGAAAGUCCUGGAUCAGCUGAGUCCCCAAGACUAGCCGGGUCGCAAAAUUUGCACAAUUCCCCCAACUUUGGUGGCAGCAGUCGCGAGAAUCUUUCGUCGACCCAUAGAUUAGGUGCGUCGGAAUUUUCGGCCGCAUUGCCUGAUUUUGUGCAGGAUCAUUUGGUCAUGGAGCAGUGGUAUACUUUGGGAUCGCCGAAGAGCGUUUCGCCGGUCUCGGUAGACUUUGACCAACUUCCAGAUUUCACCGUUAACAAUCUAGACCCGGAAUCAAGCGGACGUAUCAAUAUUCCUGUCAUUAACGAUAUUCCAUUCGAUUUGACAUACAGCGCAGCUCCUGGGGGAGGAAGUAAUCCCGCCUCGAAUUCAAAUCUCAACUCGACCAACCGAAAUCGCACACCGCAACGCAACACUUCGCCAAAUGUUCCACUGGACCUUCCACCGCAAAAUCUCGACUUCACGCUCGGUCUUCCGAGAAGACGCAUCACACCACCGCCGGAGCUUCCACCGGAUCUCACGGAGAACAAUGCCACUGGACCUCGGUCGGGAUUCUAUUUCUCCGAUAUGGAUCGAAAUCAUUCUCCUCCACCUGCGGGAUCCGCUGCCGACAAGAUCCAUCGCCUACCGGAUUUCCUAUCCGACGGCCCGAUUCACUCGUCCGGUCGGUUAGCGGAUGUAACGCACGACACGCCACACUUUAACUCGCCUGAUGCCGAUGCCAGUCAUCACCAUCAACAGCGGCUGCAAAUUGAACGGCAGGAGAACGAGCGACUGAGGCGCGAAAUAGAGGAUAACAGGCGAAUUAUUGCUGAGCAGGCUCGUCGGAUCAAGGAUCUGGAGAGGACGGUCGAGACGGCGAAAAGCAGUGCUACCCUGGCGCAGACGGUGGAGGGCCUCGAAGGGAAUCUGGACAAGAGUUAUCUAAGAGCAGCCACGGCCGAAACCCAAGUGACGAAGUUAAGACAGAAAAUCAAGAGAUUGAACGCUGAGAUCGAAACCCUCAGGCAGGAGAACGACAUCCUGAAGGAGGAAGGGGCCGUGGGAGGAACUGGCGCGGGCGUCAGCGAAGGUGCUUGUGGGGGAGGUGCUUCUAGUGGUGUGGCAAGCAGCAGGGGUUAUAGUGCGCGCCAUAAUCCACGUCGUCCGUUUUCGCGCGCCCAGGAGCUGUCCCACGAGCUGCGACAAGCAGCGGCAUCGGCAGAAAAUAAUCUAAGGCAACUAUUGACCGGCGUGGAUAAUUUACGAAUGAUGGCUAGCACGAUUGAAAAUAUCGAACGCGUCGAUAUCACCCAUACGGACGAUUUCCUCUCGGAUAGCGAUGACAACGAUCUGCUCGGGCCGGCUCUGUAAAUUUGAAUUGGUGGCGCUUCGUCAACGUUUUCGACAAAGUUCCCUUUCGCCUACGACCCAACUCCUUAAUUUUGUCUUAGUAACUUACUCGAUUGUGCCCUGCAUAUAGCUUUUCUGGUCCGAAAGAGGCGCCCGGGUCAGAAAGGGGUGCCACUUGCCGAACGCGAAAUUCAAAUGACUUAUCCUGUGAUGUACCAUUUUUUUUGUUUAGUUAUUGGGUUUUACGAUCAUGUCUGAACGGCAGAUAGGAAGGCGUUAACAUGUGCUUGUUGACCGACACCGAGGUUCAAUGCAUAAUAGUAAGAUGGUUCUAUGAUAUUACCUUGAAUACUAAUAUAACACAUUUGGCAAAGAAAUUUAAUGAACAAUAGAUCAUCUAGUCCUGGUAUCGUA